AUGUCCAGCCGGCAACUGCGCAAGCUUCAACAACAGCGAGAGCUGGAAAAGGCCACCGAAUCCGCGGCCCGCGAGUCGGAGGAGAGCGAGGAUGCCGAGGAACUCGUCGCCUCACCGAAACCUCGGCCAAACCUCUUCGCCGCUCUGGUGGGCGAGGAUGAGGCCGACGGCGACGGCGACGGCGACGGCAAGGACGACGACGAGGACGACACAGUCAAUGACCAAGGCGGCCGAGACGUGAGCCAGGUUCCACCCCCGGCGAGCAGCAACAAGAGCAAGAAGAGGAGACAACAAAAGAAGAAAAAGAAGGCAAAGGUCCCCGCGGGCGGCGCUGACCAGGGCGGCGAGGACGAGGACGAGAUUGACAAGGCCAUGAAAGAAUUGAAGGUUGAUUCGCGAAACAACGACUCAUCUUCAACUCACAACGCACACAACGGGUCCAGGUCACGGAUGAAUGAGCUCCUGAGCAUCAACACUCAUCAUCUUCGGGUCGUCAACGAGAUGAGGAGCCUUUUCGGCCGCGAUGUGAUGGAGUCGGCCAACGCCGAGGAACAACAGGAGGGUGGCCGGCGCAGGCGAGCGCCUGUCCAGAGACAGGUCGACCUGGAGACAUUUUUGCGAGAACCACCGGGGGCAGCGAAGUUAGCCGACGUCUCGUUGCGGCGUAACGUCUUCGUUCAAGGCCGGGACCAUUGGCCACGGCAGUCUGCCGGUGGCCUGACCAUGAAGGAAGUGGAAAAGGCCCCCGACGGAUCGUGGACGGAAUACGCAUACGUUCACGACAAGGAGUAUGACAGCGUGCAGGUCUUGUUCUUUGCCUGCGUACAGACGGGAGAUCCCAUGCGAAUGGUGCAUCUGCUCAAGCGAGUCCCGUACCACGCAUCCACCUUGCUACAGGUUAGCAGCGUGGCCAAGCAGGAUCAAAACAUGGCCUUGUCGGCCGAACUGUGCGAGAGGGCGCUGUUUACGUUUGGGAGAGUAACGACGUCAUCGUUCCGGCAGAGCAUGGAGCAGGGCCGGGCCCGUCUGGACUUUCGCAGACCCGAAAACCGCCAGUUUUGGCUGGCAGGAUACCACUACCUGAAAAGUCUUGUCCGAAAGGGGACAUAUCGGACGGCCCUGGAGUGGGCCAAGCUUCUUUAUGCCCUGGAUCCCAAGGAUCCCUACGCAAUGCGGCAUUACAUCCAUUUCCUGGCCAUCAGGGCGCGCGAGUCACGGUGGCUCAUCGAUUUCAUGGACGAAAUUGAUAGCUUUUGUGAUGACAGAGACUUGAUCUAUCUUCGGCAGAGCCUGGUCCUGGCCAGACUGCAGACGGGCGACGUCGAGGGCGCUCGUGGCCAUCUCACGCAUGGAAUCCAACGGCUGCCGUGGUUGUACUGUUGCAUGUUUCAAGAGCUCAAUCUCGACGCCCCGCAGUCCGUUUGGGGCGUCAGCUCGGACCCGGACUCGAGAUCGUUCUGGGUCAGGCUAUACCUGUAUCAGACCAAAGAGCUGUGGGACAAUGCCCAGGCGACAGCCCUGCUGCAGGAUGUAGCAAGGGGCCUGGGCCGAGUCGACGUGGCAGCGCUGCCAAACGACGAUGCUCCGGCCGACCUCGGGGCUACCAGGUUGGCCUAUCUCGAAGGCCAGACAUCCCUGCUAGCCGUGGCACCCAGGGCUCUCUUGGACAGUCAGCCCAACUACGACUUCGACCCUCUGCCGCCGCCGGAGCCAGAAAACAUCUUUACGGGAGAGGGCACGCGGUUGCCGUGGAGCGACGGGCAACAUCAGAGUCAGGGGCAAAGUGCGGAGCUGCUGGCCCAAAUGCGCAACCUGAUGGCAGGGCAAGGAGGGCCCGCACCACCCGGCGCCCUCUUUCAUGACGACGACAAUGACGACGACGAAAUCAGAGCGCUCAGGCAGGCCGACGACGAGGAGCUGCAGAGGGACCUGGAAGCGCACGUUGGACUGGCAGACGGACCGGGGUUGCUGGGCAUGGUGAUGCAGGCACUCGGUAUCGGCCGAGACGGAGCCAGGAGGCCCAGCGACGACGUCGCCGACGCCGAUGCCGAUGACGGCAACGGGCUGCCAGGAGCAUGGCCGGCAGAGGAUGAAGAAGGGGCGAGAGAUGGCCUCUGA